GCAAGCCCGCCCAGGGGCUUCCACGUCUCGGCGCCCAGACCUGGGAUCUCAAGGUCGGCCUGUCCGUAGCGGACAUGGACUAUUUGGACGCGCCCUGGGGUCUAGAAACCUCACUCUGGGGCUUCGGGUGCCGCGGUCGCAGGAGGCUGAGAUUGGCUGGGACACCGGGGCGGGGCCUCCACCGGGCUCCGCGGCCCCAGCACCCGGAUGAAGUUCCCGCGGGUCUCUGAUGCCUGCAACCACGAAACGCUGACCAUGGCCAUGACUUUGGGAUACUGGGACAUCCGCGGGCUGGCUCACGCCAUCCGCCUGCUCCUGGAGUACACAGACUCCAACUAUGAAGAGAAGAAGUACGCGAUGGGGGACGCUCCCGACUAUGACAGAAGCCAGUGGCUGAGUGAAAAAUUCAAGCUGGGCCUGGACUUCCCCAAUCUGCCCUACUUAAUUGAUGGCGCUCACAGACUCACCCAGAGCAACGCCAUCCUUCGCUACAUUGCUCGCAAGCAUAACCUAUGUGGGGAGACGGAGGAGGAGAGGAUUCGUGUGGACAUUUUGGAGAACGAGGUUAUGGACUCGUCUAAUCAGCUGGCCACGGUUUGCUACAGCCCUGAAUUUGAGAAACUGAAGCCUGAUUACUUGAAGGCGCUCCCUGAAAAGAUGAAGCUCUUCUCACAGUUUCUGGGAAAGAGGACUUGGUUUGCGGGGGACAAGCUCACCUAUGUGGAUUUCCUGGCUUAUGACAUCUUAGACCUGCACUGUGUAUUUGAGCCCAAGUGCCUGGAUGCCUUCCCGAACCUGAAAGACUUUGUGUCCCGCUUCGAGGGCCUGAAGAAGAUCUCUGCAUACAUGAAGUCCAGUCGCUUCCUCCCAAGCCCUGUGUAUACAAAGGUGGCCUUGUGGGGCAACAAGUAGGGCCUUCACAGCCAGGAGAAGGGUGAAAGAAGCUAGCGCUGUGCUUGCUAUGCCUGGGCCCUGGAGAAGAGCCGGAUAUCUCGGAACGCCAGAACCAGUUGUCUUGUUCGUUUGUCCUUUUUUUCUUUCCUUCACUGAGGCCCUAUUUGGCCCUUUUCCCUUCUCUAAUCCCAAUUCUCCCUGGUUCUGAAAGCUCCACAGCACCUCAGUUUUUUCUGUGAAGUGUCCCCCCUUCCUGCACUAAAGCCAACCAGACUGACCUUCCUUUCAGUUGCUCUGGUUCAAGGAGCCCGACUGGACCCCUGGCCUGGAGAGCUCAAUGCUGAGCUCCCAGCAUUGCCCUGAAGACCAGUAUUGACUGGGUGCAGGCCCUGCUCACCUGCGUGGACCCUGCCCAGAUGUGCGUGAUCCCUAGUAAAGCCUUAAUCACA